GUGAGUGCUACUACUCAGCCUCACUCUGCUCUCCUCAAGACACCACCCUGGGAAAAGCUGAUGUUUCAGGUAUAGUCUUACCUGCAUCCCAUCUGCGUGCACUUUCUUUCAUCAAUGGCUCAGUUUCCCUGGACCAAGAGCACCCUGACAGUCGCCCUUUGGCUGUCUGUGCUCUGGGCAGUCCUGUCCCCUGUCUGCUGCUCUCAUGCCCCUCCAGGAUGGCGCUUCACUUCCUCUGAAGUUGUGAUUCCCAGGAAGGUGCCCCACAGGAUGGGUAGAUUUGAGACACCGGACCAGUUGUCCUACAGCCUGCGCUUCGGGGGCCAAAGACACGUGAUUCACAUGAACCUCAAGAAGAACUUGCUGCCCAGACACUUUCCUGUUAUUACUCAUAAUGACCAGGGAGCCAUGCAGGAGGACUAUCCCUUUGUGCCCCGAGAUUGUUACUACUACGGCUACCUGGAAGGGGUUCCUGGGUCCAUGGGCACACUGGACACCUGCUGCAAAGGCCUGUGUGGCAUGCUGCAGGUGGAUGACUUCACUUACGAAAUCAAGCCACUGGAGACUUCUUCCAAAUUUGAGCAUGUGCUUUCUCUGCUUGUGUCAGAACAGAGACCAGGUCAGGCUGAGAGAUGUAAGAAUGAUGAGGAAGACACAAAUCCAGCAUUUGAAGCGGCAAAGUUUGAUGAUACCCCUAGAGCAGGCCCUGCGUAUUUGUGGAUUGGACACAAGAAACACUACAAAAUUCACUAUACAGUUACUAAUUCGUUAGCCGCAGCGGCUGGGAGAAAUUUAACACGUAUUAUAGAAAAUAUAGUGAUUAUGAACAACAUAAUACAUACGAUUUACAAACAAGCUGAUUUAAAUAUCUUCAUUCGUGCAUUGUGCAUAUGGAAUGACAUGGAUGCAAUAAAUAUUUGGUCGGGUUCAAUAUCUCACAUUUUAGUUUAUUUUGGUUUGUGGAAAAAAGAUACACUGUUUGGGCAGAUUCCACAUGAUACUUCAGUUCUUCUUACUGGACAUAGAAUCGAUAAUUCCUUAUGUCUUUCCUUCCAUGAUGGAACAUGCAAUCCCAACUGGGGAGCCCUAUAUGUAUUUGUAGGACGCUUUCAUCUAUUCAUUGGUGCAACAGUUACAGCACACGCACUGGGUCACAGUUUGAAAAUGCGCCAUGACCAUGAAGGUUGUCUUUGUUUUCGGAGAACCAAUUGCCUCAUGGCUCCCGUGCCUGGACUUCUCGAUGUGAUGAGCAAUUGCUCUUAUGCAGCAUUACAUGAGAAGCUUAAUAACUGGGAUCCUUGCUUGAGUGCACCAAAUAUAGUUUAUAAAAAUUUUCCUUAUGUAGCUCCUCGUUGUGGAGACAAGAUAAGGAAUCAGGAUGAAGAAUGUGACUGUGGCUCUUUUAAAGAAUGUGCUGAUGACCAGUGCUGUGAGACCACUUGUGAACUCAGCCUUGGUAGUAUUUGUGAUGAGGGGUCUUGCUGCGUUAAGUGUAAAUAUGCUAGACCUGGAAUGAUCUGCAGAGACACGCUCGGUAUUUGUGAUCUACCGGAAUACUGUGAUGGGAAAUCGGAACAGUGCCCACAUGACUUUUAUAUACAGGAUGGAACCCCAUGUUCAGCAGUAGCCGUUUGUAUAGCAGGAAACUGCAGUGACCGUGAUAUGCAGUGUCAAGCUCUUUUUGGCUACAGAGUGAAAGAUGCUUCUCCAGCAUGCUAUAACAAAUUGAAUACCAUAGGUGACCGAUUUGGAAACUGUGGGGUGAAGAUGCAACGAGGGGGAAGUAAACCUUUUAAAUGUGAAGAAGACGAUGUUUUAUGUGGAUUGCUGCACUGUGACGGUAUUGAUCACAUUCCCGGUGGAGGUGAGCACACUACGUUUCACAGCAUCCUAGUACAAGAUGUUUCUGAAGUAAAGUGCUUUGGAUAUGAUGCGCACCACGGGACAGAGUUACCAGAGAUGGGCCUUGUAGUGGAUGGCGCAACAUGUGGACCAGGAAGAUACUGUUAUCGACAGAAUUGCACUUAUUAUGACGACUUGGGUUUUGACUGUGAUGUGAAGAAAUGCAAUUUCAGAGGUGUGUGUAACAACAAGAAGAACUGCCAUUGUCUGCGAGGUUGGAAGCCACCAUUGUGUGAGGAAAGAGGAUCAGGUGGUAGUGAAGAUAGUGGCUCUCCACCUGACAGAGAUGUGGGUAUUCGAGCCAAAAUACUGGUUAAUGUAAACAAGUUCCUGCUUUUUCUAUUAAUUCGUAUAGCUCUUUUUGUGUUUGAACUAAUUGUUGGUGGGCUCUUGAAAGCAAAAGAAGUUUUAGGACAAAAAAUUGAUGAGGACGAAACUACCACCACCAGCAGCAGCAGAAGCAGCAGAAGUAGCAGCUCUGAAUAACCUUAGUAAAAUAGUAAUCAGAGCCCAUGCAUAGAAGAAAUGUUAUUAAUGCUGAAAUAAAUAAGCCAC